AUGGCUCCGUCGUGUUUCGAGGUGAUCCUCGUCGGCUUUAUCCUCGUGCUGCCGUUUCUCUACGAGACCAGCCGCACCUUCCGCUAUUACUUCAAAUUCCUCAUUUACUAUGGUGUCGUGAUGGUGAUCGCAGUCGUGCUCAUGCCCAUCCUCUCGUUGCGGCCUGGCAAUGUCAAGAACUUCCUAAUGGCAUCGUGGUCGUGUCAUCACAUUAAUACUCUGCUAGGUCUACGAUGGGAGCUGCGAGGAAGGGAGCACUUAGAGAAGAAUAGGGCUUGUAUAAUUGUUGCAAAUCACCAAAGCUCAUUAGACAUAUUGGGGAUGUUUGAUGUUUGGCCGGUAAUGGAUAAGUGCACUGUCGUUGCCAAAAAAGAAAUUUUCUAUGCAUGGCCAGUCGGCCUGGCCGCAUGGUUAUGCGGACUGAUUUUCAUCGACAGAAUGAAUUCCGAGAAAGCACGAUCCGCCCUCAAUACCGCUACGAAGGAGAUCAAGGAAAAGAAGGUGAAAUUGUGGAUAUUUCCCGAAGGAACUAGACGUAACACUGGUGAGAUACAUCCGUUUAAGAAGGGUGCCUUCCAUGUCGCGAUCAGAUCGCAGUUACCCAUACUACCGGUCGUAUUCUCUUCUUAUUAUUUUUUAUGCGCAAAAGAGAAGAGAUUUGAUUCUGGACGCAUUCUCGUGACGACAUUACCACCCAUUUCAACUGAGGGACUCAGUACGGACGACGUAGAAGAAUUAAUGGAAAAGACACGAAGCGCCAUGAGUGAAGUAUUUCACGCGACGAGUCGCGAAAUUCAACAAUCUCUUCCUGUUCGGUAAGAGUACAUCGAAUGAUCAUUAUUGAACUUUAACGGACUCGUCUUAUUAAAAAAAGAGCAAAUAUAUGCUUACUUCUUUACAAGUCCUGGCGAAAAAGAAAAAUGUUUACGAAAGAUUAAAAACCUA